CGCCCCCGCAAGGCGCCAAGCAGGCGUAAAGGCGGGCGACACGUAUGGGCGAAGUCCUAUAUCUUCCUUCGUUUCCCCCGCCCUCUCUCUCGUUCCCCUACGCUCUUGAUCACAGUCUCUUCUCUUCUCUCGCUCGCCAUGGUUUUCUUGGUCAAGCUCGGGAAGGCUCUCUUUGCGCUGCUGUUCAUCCUCUCUGCAUGGCAGCAGCUUGAUGAAUUUGGAGCUGACGGUGGACCUGCUGCAAGGUUUGUUGGGCCCAAGGUUGACUUUGUCACGGAUCGCGCAAGCUCAACACUGGGAGUACAGCUGCCAAAGAUUGAAAUUAAAAGUCUGAUAGCUACUGGUAUAGCACUGAAGGGAAUUGGAGGCAUUUUAUUUGCUCUUGGUAGCUCAACUGGUGCUUAUCUCCUGUUAUUGUAUAUGGGAGUCAGUGCCCCUUUUCUGCAUUAUUUCGACGACUAUGAUGAUCCCAACACUCUCCAGGGCAUCACACUGGAUCUGGCAAUUUAUGGAGUGCUGUUUUAUUUUGUCGGAAUACAUAGGUUGAUGCUGAAGCGGCAGGCCAGGAGGAGGUCCCUUGGACCAAGGACCAUGUAGACCGCACUGAUGUAUCGGAUAUCCGUCUACAUAAAAUAAGCAAGUGGGAUAUGGACACUGUAGUAGCUCUUUGUUAUGGGAUCUAGAAAAGCUCAGAGAGCUGUGGUUUGGUUUCUCGAGUUUCAGAGUGCUUCCAUAUACAUUGGCAUGUCAUUGUGGAGCAUCUUGUGUUUCUGUUUAUUCUGACAUAAACUAGUAUUCUGCUUGGGUUAGUAUAUAUGCUGAAUUUUGUUCGCCA